UUGUCAUGUCCAUCUUCUUCCCCUCCCAGUCAUUACACAGUAUUCCUUCACCCUCGCCCUCAUCCUCACGGACCCCUCACCCAUCUCUGCCAUCACAUGGCAUAUGCAUGCACGGCGCUGACCCUGCCCCCUUCCACCCCGCGAUCAAAGACGAUGAGGCUGAUCGCACUCCCCCGUCCCACCCUGUCGCAUAGCCUUCCUAUCACAGAUGGUGCUGGCUCGCUCACUACGCCCACAACCUAUCCGCGUCUCGUUGUCCCGUUGUCCCGCUGGACGUGUGUAUGGUGUGCACUGUGCACUACCGUGUUUCUGCGUCCUGUUGUCCCUUCAUCGCGAGGAGGGUCUGUCUCCACAAGUAUCCACCCUUCCGUCCUGAACCUGACUCUCCUACCAAAAGACCGCUGUCUGCCUUGCGCUCGACGUGCUUGUCUCCCGUCCCAUCAUCGCAUCACAUAGUCUUCUAACUCUGGCUCGAUUUGCGACCUGGCCCAGUCCAUAUUGCACGCAGCAGUUGGGGUUAUCAAGCGACACUUUGUCCGCAUUAUAAUUCUACAUCAUACCUGCAUUUUAAGUGGCCCGCGCAGCUAGGCAAAUUGUGGUGCAAUCUGUUUCCAACCCGUUGAAUACAGUUGUCCCCUCCGCGAGGCUGACCCUCAAUCAAGGUAUCCACAAGUGACAAGGUAUUAUUGUACAAUGCCGUUUCUCGCUCGUCGAGCCAAAUGUUGCACUACCCGUAACACCUGAUGACGUCUUUGCCUCAACCGUAUACACCUACUCUUAACUUAGGAAACUAAGUAUGUAUUGUAUGUACACUUCUCACAGCCUCAAAAGCA